AGUUUUCAGUGAAGAUCUACGUUCCAGCUUAUAUUUUGUCAAUGCAUCUUUGCAAGAGGUAAUCUUUGCCAGCACCACAGGGACGCUGGUGCCCUGUCCCGCGGCAGGGGUCCCCCCGGCGACACUUCACUGGUACCUAGCAACGGGCGAGGAGAUCUACGAUGUUCCGGGAAUCCGCCACGUCCACCCCAAUGGCACUCUCCAAAUCUUCCCCUUCCCUCCUUCAAGCUUUAGUAACUUAAUCCAUGACAACACCUACUAUUGCACAGCCGACAAUCCUUCAGGGAAAAUUAGAAGCCAGGAUGUUCAUAUUAAGGCCGUUUUACGGGAGCCCUAUACGGUCCGAGUGGAGGACCAGAAAGCCAUGCGAGGCAAUGUAGCGGUCUUCAAGUGCAUUAUCCCAGCCUCUGUGGAGGCCUACAUCACUGUUGUGUCGUGGGAGAAAGACACAGUCUCACUUGUCUCAGGAUCUAGAUUUCUCAUUACAUCCACUGGAGCCUUUUAUAUUGUGGAUGUACAGAAUGAAGACGGAUUGUAUAACUACCGUUGCAUCACACGCCAUCGCUACACAGGAGAGACCCGGCAAAGUAACAGCGCGCGACUCUUUGUGUCAGACCCAACAAACUCGGCUCCCGUCAUUCUUGAUGGCUUUGAGCACCGGAAGGCCAAGUCCACCCAGCGGGUGGAGCUGCCCUGCAAAGCCUCCGGACACCCGGCUCCCAAGUACCGCUGGCUGAAGGACAACGUCCCCCUGGAGCCCGACAGCAGGUUCCGGCAGACCGUCACCGGGCUUCUGAUCGAGAACACGAGGGCGAGCGACUCCGGCAGCUAUGUGUGUGAGGUGUGGAACAGCUACGGCAACGCCGAGGUCAUCGGGCGUCUCCAUGUGAAACAGCCUCUGCGUGCAGUUGUCAGCCCCCGUAAGGUGAAGGGCAGCGUGGGCAGCCAGGUGUCGCUGUCCUGCAGUGUCACGGGAACGGAUGACUACGAGCUGUCCUGGUACCGGAACGGGGAGAUCAUCAACCCGGGGAACAGCGUGCGCAUCACAGGCAACAACCGGGAGACCCUGGUAAUGGACGGCAUGGCCAAGAGCGACGGGGGGGCCUAUCAGUGCUUCGUCAGGAAAGACAAGAUGUCCGCCCAGGAUUUCGUACAAGUCAUCCUGGAGGACGGGACCCCAAAGAUCAUGUCGGCCUUCAGCGAGAAAGUGGUGAGCCCCAAUGAGCCAGUGUCCCUCAUGUGCAAUGUCAAGGGGACCCCACUGCCGACCAUUACCUGGACGCUGGAUGACGAGCCCGCCGUGAAGGACAGCAGCCACCGCAUUGGCCAGUUCAUCACCUCAGAGGGCAACGUGCUGAGCUACCUGAACAUCUCCAACAGCCAGGUUCGCGAUGGAGGGGUCUACCGCUGUGCCGGCAACAACUCAGCUGGAGUCGUCACCUACCAGGCUCGAAUAAACGUAAGAGGUCCAGCAAGCAUCCGGCCAAUGAAAAACAUUACAGCGAUAGCGGGGCGGGACACCUACAUUCACUGCCGUGUGAUUGGUUACCCGUAUUACUCCAUCAAGUGGUACAAGAACUCCAACCUGCUGCCAUUCAACCACCGUCAGCGCGCCUUCGAGAGCAACGGCACCCUCAAGGUGUCUGACGUGCAGAAGGAUGUGGAUGAAGGGGAAUACACCUGCAACGUGCUGGUGCAGCCCCAGCUCUCCACCAGCCAGAGCGUGUAUGUCACUGUCAAGGUCCCCCCAUUCAUCCAGCCCUUCGAGUUCCCGCGUUUCUCCAUUGGCCAGCGUGUCUUCAUCCCGUGUGUGGUCGUCUCAGGGGAUCUACCAAUCGCCAUCACCUGGCAGAAGGACGGCCGGCCAAUCCCAGCCAGCCUGGGCGUCACCAUUGACAACAUUGACUUCACCAGCUCUCUGCGGAUAUCCAAUCUCUCACUGAUGCACAAUGGGAAUUACACCUGCAUUGCAAGGAAUGACGCAGCUGCCGUGGAACACCAAAGCCAAUUAAUUGUGAGGGUUCCUCCUAGGUUUGUGGUGCAGCCCAGUGACCAAGACGGUAUAUAUGGGAAGGCUGUAAUACUGAACUGCUCUGCAGAGGGGUACCCUGUCCCCACUAUUGUAUGGAAGUAUUCAAAAGGUGCUGGUGUUCCCCAGUUCCAGCCCAUUGCUCUGAACGGCAGGAUUCAGCUCCUCAUCAAUGGCUCUCUGCUCAUUAAGCACGUGGUGGAGGAAGACAGCGGCUAUUACCUGUGCAAGGUCAGCAACGACGUGGGAGCUGACGUCAGCAAGUCCAUGUACCUCACUGUCAAAAUCCCUGCCAUGAUCACCUCUUACCCCAACACCACGCUGGCGACGCAGGGACAGAAGAAGGAGAUGAGCUGCACGGCGCACGGGGAGAAGCCCAUUAUAGUGCGCUGGGAGAAGGAAGACCGCAUCAUUAACCCUGAGAUGUCACGCUAUAUUGUUUCCACCAAGGAAGUGGGGGAUGAGGUCAUCUCCACUCUCCAGAUUUUGCCCACAGUCAGGGAAGACUCUGGAUUUUUUUCCUGCCAUGCCAUCAAUUCUUACGGGGAAGACAGAGGCAUCAUUCAGCUGACAGUGCAAGAGCCUCCCGACCCCCCGGUGGUUGAAAUCCGAGAGGUUCGAGACCGCAGCAUCGCCCUGCGCUGGACCAUGGGCUUUGACGGCAACAGCCCCAUCACCGGCUAUGACAUUGAGUGCAAGAACAAAUCCGACACCUGGGAUUCAGUCCAGAGAACCAAAGAUGUUUCCCCUCAGCUGAACCAGGCCACGAUCAUCGACCUCCACCCUUCCUCCACAUACAACAUCCGCAUGUACGCCAAGAACCGCAUCGGCAAGAGUGAAGCCAGCAAUGAGCUCAGCAUCACUACUGAUGAAGCAGCCCCCGAUGGCCCCCCUCAGGAUGUCCAGCUGGAGCCUGUGUCCUCGCAAAGUAUUAAAGUGACCUGGAAGGCCCCGAAGAAGCACCUCCAGAACGGGAUGAUCCGCGGCUACCAGAUCGGCUACCGCGAGUACAGCACCGGAGGCAACUACCAGUUCAACAUCAUCAACCUGGAGACGACGGGGGACAGCGAGCUCCACACCCUGGACAACCUGAAGAAGUUUACGCAGUACGGCGUGGUGGUGCAGGCCUGCAACCGAGCCGGGACCGGGCCCUCCUCACAGGAGAUCAUCACCACGACACUGGAAGACGUACCGAGCCGCUCCCCAGAGAACGUGCAGGCCUCGGCCUCCUCCCCUGAAAUCAUCUCUCUGUCCUGGUCCAUGCCACCCAAGGAGGCUCUCAACGGCAUUCUUCAGGGAUUCCGGGUCAUUUACUGGGCAAACCUGCCCGACGGAGAGCUUGGAGAGAUCAGGAAUGUCACAGCCACACAGCCCUCCCUGGAGCUGGACGGCCUGGAGAAGUACACCAACUACAGUAUCCAGGUGCUGGCCUUCACACGGGCAGGGGAUGGGGUGCGCAGCGAGCAGAUCUUCAUUCGCACCAAGGAGGAUGUGCCGGGGGCCCCGGGGGGAGUGAAGGCUGCCGCAUCCUCUGGCUCGAUAGUGUUUGUCUCCUGGCUGCCUCCCCUCAAGCUGAACGGCAUCAUCAGGAAAUACACCAUCUUCUGCUCCAACCCCUACCCCACGGUAAUCAGUGAAUUCGAAGCCUCCCCCGACGUGUUUUCUUACCAGAUCCCGAAUCUGAGUCGCAGCCGACAGUACAGCAUCUGGGUGGUGGCAGUGACGGCCGCAGGGAGGGGAAACGCCAGUGACAUCAUCACCGUGGAGCCUCUCGCGAAAGCUCCUGCCAGGAUCUUGACGUUCAGUGGCACUGUGACAACCCCCUGGAUGAGGGAUAUUGUCUUACCCUGCAAGGCGGUAGGAGAUCCCCCACCCACCGUGAAGUGGCUGAAGGAGAGUACUGGGAGCCCUUCUCCGGUGAUGAUUGACGGACGGCGCAGUAUCUACGGCAACGGGAGCUUUGUCAUCCGGACUGUAAAAGCUGAGGAUUCUGGGUACUACAGCUGUGUUGCCAGUAACAACUGGGGUUCCGAUGAGAUUGUUCUCAAUCUUCAGGUGCAAGUUCCUCCUGACCAGCCCAGGCUCACUGUGUCUAAAACCACCUCCUCUUCAAUCACACUGUCCUGGAUACCUGGAGACAACGGAGGGAGUUCAAUCAGAGGUUACAUCCUGCAGUACUCUGAGGACAACAGUGAGCAGUGGGGCAGCUUUCCCAUCAGCCCUAGCGAGCGAGCUUACCGACUGGAGAACCUGAAAUGUGGAACGUGGUACAAGUUCACACUGACUGCCCAGAAUGGAGUGGGGCCGGGGCGCAUCAGUGAAAUCAUUGAGGCCAAGACUCAUGGGAAAGAGCCCCAGUUUUCUAAGGAGCAGGAACUCUUUGCCAGCAUCAACACCACUCGAGUCAAGCUGAACCUGAUUGGCUGGAACGAUGGCGGUUGCCUCAUCACCUCCUUCACACUGGAGUACCGUCCCUUCAGCACGACGGUAUGGACCACUGCCCAGCGGACCUCACUAUCCAAGAGCUAUAUACUGUACGACCUGAAGGAGGCGACGUGGUACGAGCUGCAGAUGAGAGUGUGCAACAGCGCGGGGUGCGCAGAGAAACAGGCCAAGUUUGCUACACUGAGCUACGACGGCAGCACAAUCCCGCCCCUCAUUAAAUCAGUGGUGCAGGACACAGAAGGCCUGGCGACCAAUGAGGGUCUGAAGAUGAUGGUGACCGUUUCCUGUAUCCUGGUGGGCAUCCUGCUGCUGUUUGUGCUGCUGCUCGUCGUGAGGAGGAGGAGGAAGGAGCAACGACUCAAGAGACUCAGGGAUGCAAAAAGCUUGGCUGAGAUGCUAAUGAGCAAAAACACCCGGACUUCGGACACCCUGAACAAGCAGCAGCAGACACUGAGAAUGCACAUCGACAUCCCCAGAGCCCAGCUCCUCAUCGAGGAGAGAGACACCAUGGAGACAAUCGAUGACCGAUCCACAGUGCUGCUGACGGAUGCAGAUUUUGGAGAGACGUCGAAACAAAAAUCGUCCACCGUCACUCACACGGUGCACUACCAGUCUCUCUCACAGGCCACGGGGCCGCUGGUUGACGUGUCUGAUGCCCGUCCAGGAACUAACCCUACAGCCCGCAGAAAUGCCAAAGCAGGCCCCACAGCUCGGAACAGGUACGCCAGCCAGUGGACACUGAACAGACCCCACCCGACGAUAUCGGCUCACACCCUCACCACGGACUGGAGGCUGCCCACGCCACGGCCCACAGGCUCCGUCGACAAGGAGAGCGACAGCUACAGCGUCAGCCCUUCCCAGGACACAGAUCGAGCCCGGAGCAGCAUGGUGUCCACGGAGAGCGCCUCGUCCACGUACGAGGAGCUGGCCCGGGCUUACGAGCAUGCCAAGAUGGAGGAGCAGCUGAGACACGCCAAGUUCACCAUCACAGAGUGCUUCAUCUCGGACACGUCGUCGGAGCAGCUGACAGCAGGGACCAAUGAGUACACGGACAGCCUCACCUCGAGCACCCCCUCCGAAUCAGGGAUCUGCAGGUUCACAGCCUCGCCCCCAAAACCUCAGGACGCAGGGAGGGUCAUGAACAUGGCUGUCCCCAAGGCACACAAACCAGCAGGCGAACUUGUGCAUCUCCCUCCCUAUCUCAGAAUGGACUUUCUAUUAAACCGGGGUAUUCCAGGCCCCAGCAGAGACCUGGGCUUCGGGCAGGCCUGCCUGGAACCUCAGAAAAGCCGCACCCUGAAACGCCCUGCCAUCCUGGAGCCCACGCCCAUGGAGGCCCCCAGCAGCAGGGAAGUCCAGCAGUGGCAGCCGGGCACAGCGUCCACAUUACCUCAGCGGGAGGGAGCGGACCUGGGACAGACGGGCAAAAUGAGCAGCUCCCAGGAAUCCUUGCUGGACUCACGAGGUCAUUUAAAACAAGGCAGCAACCCCUACGCAAAAUCCUACACCUUGGUAUAACAAAUGGUCCGGACUGCACAAGGAAUAUAUUUAAAACAACAAAGCAAAGCGAUAAAAAAAAAGGUUGUAAAUAACAUUUCCAAAUUCCAAAAAAAAGGAGCAAAUUGAAAAAAGGGUACCUUUUUUUUUUUCUUUUUUAUUCAUAAUUUUAAAUGACACCAGAUGAAGAUUACCAAAAUAAUUUAUUUCAAAUGAGAGAAAAAGGUUAUUGUUGAUAUUAUUCUGAUUGUUGUUCUGAUUAUAAAUUAUUAUUAGAGGAGGAGGAGGGAUCUUCAGACAGCACUGGGAUACUUGAUUGCGUUCUUAUAUCUGAGUUGGAGCCACCUGCGUACUUGAAUGCCUCUCAGAUUUUCUAUAAAAAAAAAAACAAUCAAAAAUAAUUACAAAAAAUAAAAACUGAAAGAAAAUGAAAAACAGCAACAACCUAUCCGACCGUCCAAUCUUCACAGAUUGUUAUGUUUUUAAUAAUUUCCUAUGAAUGCAUGGGAUCGAAUUGAAAAAACAAAGAAAGACUGGAAAUCUGACUUGAGAAUUUGUGUCACAAAAUGAAACUGAAUACAAUGUGAAGAAGAGUUAUUAUUAUUAUUAUUAUUAUUAUUAUUAUUAUUAUUAUUAUACAAGAGAAAAAAAUAAGAAAUCACUUUUAUUUGUGGAUAUUACAGGGAAAUUGAUU